AGACGACCUAGAUGCGGGCUGUGCUUAGUCGCGUUCGGGGAGAAUUGAUGCCCGCCAGCCCGACGCGCAUCUGGUUAAUAAGGAGGCAGAUUCCAUGAUGGUAGAACAGCAUCCUAAUUCGGCCACUUUCGAAAUCUGCAUAAUUCCGUUGUUGAUGAUUGCUCGGGAUGGCUUCUGAGCGCGUUCGAAAUGAGGCAGUAGUUGAAGUGGACGGGGUAGAAAUCCCCGAGGAGGAGAAGUUCAAGCUUGUGGACCGGCGAGCGAUUGAGGAGUUCGACUUCAUCAUCGUCGGCGCGGGUAUCUCCGGCAUUAACAUGUCUUAUCGAUUUCAGCAACAUUUCCCUAACAAGAGCUACGUCGUGCUGGAACAGCGGGAGGCGAUAGGUGGCACCUGGGAUUUAAUGAGAUACCCAGGAAUCCGCUCUGACUCUGAUCUCCAUACUUUCGGAUUCGCAUGGCGCCCAUGGGAGGAAGAGGAGCCAAUCGCCGAGGGCUACAAGAUUCUCAAGUACAUGAAAGAAUCCGCAGCCAUGCAUGGCAUCGACAAGCAUGUAUUGUACAAGCACAAAGUCAAAGAAGCGAACUGGCGCUCGCGAGAGCAGGCUUGGACGCUCACAGUGGAAGCUAUCGGCCCAGAUGGUUCGACGACGAUAAAAUUCUACCGGGCCCCUUUUUUGGUCAUGGGCACGGGGUACUACGAUUACAACAACCCUCUGAAAGCCAAGAUUCCCGGGAUUGACAACUUUGAGGGCAAGGUCGUUCAUCCGCAGUUCUGGCCCCAAGACUUGGACUACAGCAAUCGCAAGAUUGCAGUCAUUGGCUCAGGCGCCACUGCUAUAACGCUCAUUCCGGCGCUGGCUAAAUCUGCUGCAAGAGUGACCAUGGUCCAGCGAAGCCCGACUUAUAUUGUUGGCUUUCCAAAUCGUACAAACAAGCGACGUUGGUGGGAGUGGCUGUUGCCAGAUCGCUGGUUUCACUGGCUCACGCGCGUUCGCUAUCUGAUCGGUGGCAUCUUUCUGCGUCGUUUCCUCAGCGACCCUGUUCGCGCGCGAGCGUAUAUUGCGAAGCUGACACAAAAGCAAUUACCCGAACACAUCAAAUUCGACCCUCACUUUGUACCACGCUAUGAUCCGUGGAAGCAACGAAUGUGCUUCUGUCCUGAUAAUGACUUUUAUAAAGCCCUUCGCGCGGGCAACACCGAUGUUGUCACCGGCACCAUCAAAACUAUCACUGCGCACCAAAUCAUUAUGGAAGACGGCAGCAUGAUCGAGGCCGACAUCAUAGUCACUGCCACAGGCUUGCGAAUGCAGUAUGGCGGAAAUGCUGACAUCUACGUGGAUGGCGAGAAACUGGUCUGGGGAGACAAGUUCCUCUGGCGCGGAAUUAUGAUCUCGGAUGUGCCGAAUAUGGCAAUCGUUCAAGGAUAUACUAUGGCGUCGUGGACGCUUGGUGCGGAUUCCACUGCAAACAUGUUUAUGCGGUUAAUCAAAUACAUGGAGAAAAAGAAAAUCACGAGCGCAACCCCAAAAUUCCACGGUGGAGAUAAGAAACAAGUGAUACGCAAUCCCGCCUUGAUGGGGCUGACGAGCACAUAUAUUUUAACGGCACUACAUAGAUUACCGAAGACUACGAACCAAGCCCCGUGGAAGGCAAGGGGAAAUUACCUGUGGGAUAUGUUUGAUUCGAGAUUUGCGGACUUGAGCCGUGGAAUGCAAUUUACGAUGGCCGCCAAUUAAGCACCGAACUUUAAUCCAGUGCAUUAUAGAAUAGCUCAAAUGGAUUUAGCAAUGGAUCACCUAUUCGAGUGUGAAAUAACUCCUCCUAUUAUUUAUCACGAUCUUACGAAUACUCAUCAAUGGGCUGACAAGAGCAUUCACGAG